GUAACCCUUUCGAUACCAACAGCCAGGUAAUCCCCAUUAACCCUUUCGAUACCAACAGCCAGGUUCCUCCCAUUAACCCUUUCGAUUUCAAUAGCCAGGUAAUCCCCUUUAACCCCUUCGUGAAUAAUGAUAACCAUUUACCCCCACCUGUCAUUAACGCGUUCAUGAUGAACAGCCAAUCACCAAGUCCUUUCAUGAUCAAUAACCAAUCACCCAAUCCCUUCAUGAUGAACAGCCAAUCACCAAGUCCGUUCAUGAUCAGUAACCAAUCACCCAAUCCCUUCAUGAUGAACAUCCUUCCUAAUCCUCCCAUGGCCAAUAACGAAUCACCAAGUCCUCUCAUGAUCAAUAUGAACCAGUCACCGGCUCCUUUCACGACGAACUUCCAAUCACCAAGUUCCCUCAUGACCAACCAAUCACCUAAUCCCUUCAUGACCAACAACCAAUCCCCCCUAAUCCUCGACACCUUCGCACCUCCAAUCAACCCCUUCGUUCUCCAAAAAAUGCAAGAUUCCCCGCCCGUAUUUGGAGGACCCCAGAUCUUUGACAGCAUCCCGUUUCGACCCCAAUCUGCCGACGGCUUCGAAACGGAAAGUAGUGAACCUCAGCUAACCAAUGGACCGAAUCACGUUAACGCCGUCGUGAAUCCUCAUGCUUCUGAAGCCUUCGAAGCUCCGGAUCGCCAGAAUGCUGUGGCAGGUCGGGGACUCGACGUCGCAAACCGGAAAAUAUUUAACGAGGAAAUGGAAAAAAUCCGAGGCUACAACCCAGUUCCUGCCACACCGCCAAUUACACGAAUGGAAGUGGUAAAGGGCCCUUACUAUCAUUUGGACUUCGAUGGUUCCUACAACUCCAUUGAACAACCUGUUCCAUUCUUUUAUUGAUAAGAAGGUUUAAAAAGAGGAGAGGGGGCUUUUGGUUCGUAAAUCCAUCUCUUAUGUAGUUAAAUGGAAUGUAUUUUUUUCCUCUUCUGAAAUAGGCAUGUCAGAUAAGUCCAUCUCUGUGCAGUUAAAUGGAAUGUUUUUUUUUUUCUUCUUCUUCUCUGAAAUAGGCAUGUCAUAUGUCCAUAUAUGCAGUUAAAUGGAAUGCAUUUUUUCCUUCUCUGAAAUAGGCAUGCCAAAUAAGUCCAUCUUAAUGCAAUUAAGUGGAAUGCAUUUUUUCCUUCUCUAAAAUAGGCAUGUCAGAUAUAUAUAUAGA